AUGGCUCCCAUCGAACGCAUCACCCUCUUCAAGAUCCCCAAUGACGCGGACCGCGAUCGCGUCCUAGAGCAGUAUAAGGUUUUGGCUAAGACGGCUGUUAAGGACGGAAAGCCCUACAUUCUCAGCUCCGCCGCGGGAGCCUCCAUCCCCGAUGAGCGUAACCAGGGCUGGAAUCUGUCUGUGAAGACGACGUUCGCGUCCCUGGAGGAUAUGGUCUACUAUGAUGAGCAGUGUGAGGCGCAUAAGGCGUUGAAGGCGGUCGUUGGGCCCGUUAGGACGGAUAAGUUGACGACGUUUUUCGAAAGUGUGUUGUAA